AUGGCAGAAACAAUCGGCCUCAUUGCGUCCCUAGUAUCCAUAGCCAGUGCUGGGCUCACGCUUGCCCAAAAACUCCACGAUUACGGCGACGGCGUUAGGUCGAGCGGUAAACGGACUCAAGAGAUAGCCAUUUAUGUUCGCUCUACGGCAACGGUCGUCGAAGAAGUAGCGAAUAUUUUCGAAGAAGAAGGAGUUGCUAGGCGGAAUCUCAUCUCCCAGAAGGCGAUUCAGACCGUUGAAGAUGUGGUAACACAGUGUUCAGCCCUGUUCGACCAGCUUAAUCAGUGGCUGGACAGAGCGGGGAAUUUGGGUAGGCUGGAGAAGUGGACGUUUCCACUGCGGGAGUCGAAAUUUUUUCUGUUACAAAGUAAUCUCGAGAGUUUGAAGAUGACGCUGCAGUGCUUCUUGCAGGUCAUCAUCUAUGCGCGGUUAAAGGCUGAGAAGAAGGAUGACGAUCAGAACCAUCGAAGGCUCAUCGAGGAGCUUAUUUCCCUGCAAAGGCAAGCAGCUGCGGCCUACGAGCGUCAUAAGAUCGAGGAUGAAGAGGAGUCCGUUCGCGAGGAAAAACUGUUAGGUGUGAGGCGGAAUAAGAUCAAGGCCAGUGAAGAAGAUGAGCGCGAGCUUUCAGGCCCAUCCGUGCCGAAUCCCAAUACAAUUCCUUCUGAGCCACAUUUGUCAGCAUUGGAACCAAUAACAGGAUUCUCUCACAAAGCGGACAGAGGAUCUUCUGCUUCAAUCGCAGCGAACGGCAAUCACUUCCUCGAACCGUCUGAAUCGAAAGCCAUCGUUCGGGGAUAUCAAUCCAGCAUUUGUUCAGAACAAAUAGGAGAUUCAACGAGUAGCGCCCGAUCUCGGACGGAAAAGAUAGCAAGACCCAAGUCCGUUGUGACUUCACUAGAGGAUCCCAAAAUAGCAACGGACCCAGCCCCAGAUCACACUAAGGGUGCUCUCGACAGAGACUUCCAUGAACUCGCUCGAGGCUGGGAUGACCUUGUUCAUGCAAUCGGUCAAGUAAUGCACACUUUAGCAGUGACCUGUUGCUGCUGCGCCCCGAAACAAAAGAGUGAAGCUUCACUGGGAUUGGGCGUCGAGGAUCCAAAUAUUUACUCUUCCAUGUGCGCAACACAACACGCUACCCCUACGGUUGUGACGCAAUGCGCGCCUUCUUUCAGGUUCCCAGUGCAAUACGAUCGGCCACGCGACGCAACCAUCUCUAGACCAGACUAUUUCUAUGAGCCUCGGCCUCUCUCCGUGCCCCCUCCACUACAUUCUGGUGCCAUAGAUCCGACGCACGGCAGAUCUGACCAGGAGAUGAACAAUAUGCGAAACACCUAUGGUAAGCAAAAGAUUGCACUUCAGGGAGGAGUACCAAUCGGGGUGCUGCCAAAUCCGGAGGAGGCAACAUAUGUGGCAUCGUACGAGGUUGAUGAGCUAUUGGACCUGUGGACGAAUCUGAACCAGGAGUCUCGGACACCACCCCUGAGCAUAGUGGGACAUGACUAG